AUGGAUCCAAAGUGCCUUUUCAAGGCGCUAUUAGCUACAAAUUGGGUACUUUUUCUAUGGGAAUUGUACAUUUCGUAUCGGCAGUAUAAGGUUCAUAGGGAUAAUGAGAAACGACCAAAGGAAGUUCAGGAGUUGAUUAGUGAAGAGGACUACAAAAAAGCGCGCGAUUAUAAACUGGACAAUCACCAAUACAAUUUUGCGCAUUCGAUUUUCUGCCAAUUGGUCUCAACGGUUCAACUGAUCACCGGAUAUUAUCCGAUUCUUUGGUACUACUUCAGCGGAUAUCAAUUCCAAUCGGUUCUUUUCAUCGUUGUCAACUCGAUUUUUGACGUUUUAAUCGAUCUCCCUUGGGAUUUGUACUCGACGUUUGUGAUUGAGGAGAAGCAUGGAUUCAAUAAGCAGACUAUUGGAUUUUAUUUUAUUGAUCGGGUCAAGAAGAGUGUUCUCGGACUCGUUUUGACGAUCCCAAUCGUUUUCGGAAUCGAAUGGAUCGUUGAGAACGGCGGGCCGUACUUCUUCCUCUAUGUCUGGCUAUUCCUUUCGAUUGUCAUCUUCAUCUUGCUCACUGUUUAUCCGGCAUUCAUUGCACCGCUCUUCGAUAAGUACUUCCCGCUUCCUGAAGGCGAAUUGAGAACCAAGAUUGAGGCUCUUGCUUCGUCGCUUCAAUAUCCGUUGACGAAACUUUACGUUGUGAAUGGAUCCAAGCGUUCUGCUCACUCGAAUGCCUACAUGUAUGGAUUCUGGAAGAACAAGCGAAUCGUGUUGUACGAUACCCUCUUAUCGGGAGAUGUUAAGGAACAGGUGCUCGAGCUCUACAGACAAUCCGGGGAGAAAGUCGAUCUCACCGAGGCUGAUAAGAAGCGAGGAAUGAACAAUGAUGAGGUCGUCGCGGUUUUGGGACACGAGUUGGGACAUUGGGCACUUUGGCAUACUGCUAUCAAUCUUGUUAUUACUGAACUCAAUCUUUUCUUCUCGUUCGCCGUGUUCGCUUACUUCUACAAAUCGCCAGUAUUGUUCGAGGCUUUCGGAUUCCAUGAUACUCCGAUUUUGAUUGGGCUCAUUCUCGUCUUCGUUUACGUCUUGGCAAUUUAUAAUCAGUUGGCCCAAACUGCGGUGACUGUUCACUCGAGAUCUGCCGAAUUCGGAGCCGAUGAGUUUGCGGUGAAACUUGGCCAUGGACAGAAUCUGAUUGGAGCUCUUACGAAACUUGGAGUUGAUAAUCUCUCAAUGCCAAUCGAUGAUCCGCUGUAUUCAUGGUGCAAUCACACCCAUCCACCGGUUGUCGAACGCGUCGCCGCCGUCAAACGUCUCGAAGUGAAGAAGCAGUAA